AGCCCUGUGGAAAGUUUGCUGUCAUGAGCUGUCAUUGGUGGUGUGUUUAACAAGCUGCCUAAUUACCUGACCCCAGCACAGCUCCAAAGCAAUAUAUAAGGACUCUGGAACAGCCCUAGGAGCAGACACACUCUCUGCUAGGAAUGAUGUCGUACCUGAAAGUUAUGAUCAUAUGGAACAUACUUUGCUUAUCCCUGGUGGUCCUUUCACUGUCCUUGAUUCCAGAAGUGUCUUCUCAAGAUGUAUCGAGCUGUACAGGGAGAUGUGGGGCAGGGUAUUCUAGAGAGCAUGACUGCCAGUGUGAUUUUAACUGUCACCACUACAUGGAGUGCUGCCCUGACUUCAGGAAAGUCUGCAUAGUGGCCGCCUCCUGCCAGGGACGCUGCUUCGAAGCCUUCGAGAGGGGCAGGGAGUGCGACUGCGACGCCGACUGCGAGCGGUACGGAAAAUGCUGCCCAGACUACGUCAAGCACUGUAAAGAGGCACACACAGAAAAGCCAACCCCAGAGACUCCUCCAGACAACAAAUCUAAAAGGUCCUCCACAGAUGAGGAAGAGUCACCCGAGGAAGAUCCUGAAAUCCAAGUGACCACUCCUGCUCCAACCACAGAACCUGCAGAGACAACCCCUGAGGCCACAGAGGAGCCAGCCACCGAAGCCGACCCUCCCACUCCGGGUACAGAAGAUGUGACCCCUGAUGCCACAGAGGAGCCACUGACUGACAUGGACCCAACUGACCUGCCCCCAACACAGGACCCAACCCCCGACGCCACCGAGGCAGCAGCAACAGAUAGCGAGCCCCCCACCAGCCCCACGCCUGAAGAGACAACCCCCGAGGAGCCGACAACACCAGCACCAGAGGAGACAACCCCAGAGGAGCCGACAACACCAGCACCAGAGGAGACAACCCCAGAGGAGCCGACAACACCAGCACCAGAGGAGACGACCCCAGAGGAGCCGACAACACCACCGACCCCAGAGGAGCCGACAACACCCGCACCAGAGGAGACAACCCCCGAGGAGCCGACAACACCCGCACCAGAGGAGACAACCCCAGAGGAGCCGACAACACCAGCACCAGAGGAGACGACCCCAGAGGAGCCGACAACACCAGCACCAGAGGAGACGACACCAGAGGAGCCGACAACACCAGCACCAGAGGAGCCGACAACACCAGCACCAGAGGAGACAACUCCCGAGGAGCCGACUACACCCGCACCAGAGGAGACGACCCCCGAGGAGCCGACAACACCCGCACCAGAGGAGACGACCCCAGAGGAGCCGACAACACCAGCACCAGAGGAGCCGACAACACCAGCACCAGAGGAGACAACCCCAGAGGAGCCGACAAAACCCACACCAGAGGAGACAACCCCCGAGGAGCCGACAACACCAGCACCAGAAGAGACAACCCCCGAGGAGCCGACAACACCAGCACCAGAGGAGACAACCCCCGAGGAGCCGACAACACCCGCACCAGAGGAGACAACCCCCGAGGAGCCGACAACACCCGCACCAGAGGAAACAACUCCCGAGGAGCCGACAACACCAGCACCAGAGGAGACAACCCCAGAGGAGCCGACAACACCAGCACCAGAGGAGCCGACAACACCAGCACCAGAGGAGCCGACAACACCAGCACCAGAGGAGCCGACAACACCAGCACCAGAGGAGCCGACAACACCAGCACCAGAGGAGCCGACCCCAGAGGAGCCGACAACACCAGCACCAGAGGAGCCGACAACACCAGCACCAGAGGAGACAACCCCAGAGGAGCCGACAACACCAGCACCAGAGGAGACAACCCCCGAGGAGCCGACAACACCAGCACCAGAGGAGACAACCCCCGAGGAGCCGACAACACCAGCACCAGAGGAGACAACACCCGCACCAGAGGAGACAACCCCAGAGGAGCCGACAACACCCGCACCAGAGGAGACAACCCCCGAGGAGCCGACAACACCAGCACCAGAGGAGACAACCCCCGAGGAGCCGACAACACCAGCACCAGAGGAGACAACCCCCGAGGAGCCGACAACACCAGCACCAGAGGAGCCGACAACACCAGCACCAGAGGAGCCGACUACACCAGCACCAGAGGAGCCGACUACACCAGCACCAGAGGAGCCGACUACACCAGCACCAGAGGAGCCGACUACACCAGCACCAGAGGAGCCGACUACACCAGCACCAGAGGAGACAACCCCAGAGGAGCCGACUACACCAGCACCAGAGGAGACAACCCCCGAGGAGCCGACUACACCAGCACCAGAGGAGACAACCCCCGAGGAGCCGACUACACCAGCACCAGAGGAGACAACCCCAGAGGAGCCGACAACUCCUAAACCAGAGGAGCCAGCCACCCCUAAACCAGAGGAGACAACCCCAGAGGAGCCGACAACACCAGCACCAGAGGAGGCAACCCCAGAGGAGCCGACAACUCCUAAACCAGAGGAGACAACCCCAGAGGAGCCGACAACUCCUAAACCAGAGGAGACAACCCCCGAGGAGCCGACAACUCCUAAACCAGAGGAGACAACCCCCGAGGAGCCGACAACUCCUAAACCAGAGGAGACAACCCCAGAGGAGCCGACAACUCCUAAACCAGAGGAGACAACCCCAGAGGAGCCGACAACACCAGCACCAGAGGAGACGACUCCAGAGGAGCCGACAACACCAGCACCAGAGGAGACGACUCCAGAGGAGCCGACAACUCCUAAACCAGAGGAGACAACCCCCGAGGAGCCGACAACUCCUAAACCAGAGGAGACAACCCCAGAGGAGCCGACAACUCCUAAACCAGAGGAGACAACAACUCCUAAACCAGAGGAGACAACCCCCGAGGAGCCGACAACACCCGCACCAGAGGAGACAACCCCAGAGGAGCCGACAACUCCUAAACCAGAGGAGACAACCCCAGAGGAGCCGACAACUCCUAAACCAGAGGAGACAACCCCAGAGGAGCCGACAACUCCUAAACCAGAGGAGACAACCCCAGAGGAGCCAACAACGACCAAACCCAAAGAGCCAACCCCAGAGGAGACAACCGCCUUGGCAGACUCUCCCACCACCUCCAAACUUGAAAAAACAACCCCAGAGGAGCCAACAACCAAGGCAGACUCUCCUGCCACCACCCCCAAAUCUGAAGAAACAACCCCAGAAGAAACUACAACCAAGGCAGACUCUCCCACCACCCCUAAAGCAGAGGAUGCUGACUCUCCGACCAUCCCAGCAGCUCCUGAGGCCAGUAAAGCCACGGCUUCUCCGGGAAGUGCUGAACCCACAACUGUUGGGAUGGACUCCCCCACAGCUGGGGCAGAGACAAUGCUUUCAGAUACCACAAUUGAGAACAAGGAGACAACAACACCAAAGAAAGAUAGAACUACUCUGCUUAAAGACAUUUUCACAGCUGCAACUGGGAAAGAUACAGUUACUGUAGCUAUGGUGACAACAGCUAAACCAGGUGAUUCUCCUAAAGGUAUGGAUGACCUUCCAAACACAGCUCCUAUGGCCAAAGAACCUGUCACUGCAGCAGCUGAAUCAGAAACAACUUCUACAGACACCAAGACUGCUACAACAGCAGCCACAGCUCCCUUGCCCGAUCCCACUGUGCUGGUAACAACCAUCAAAGAAGAUUCAACUCCUCAGCCUGCUGAGGCUGUAACACCAAAUGAAAAAGAGACAACUACAGACGCUGAGCAGGCAGGGCCAGCAGCAGACAAAGAGAGCCCAGGUGCUGCUUGUGUUAUUGUGGAGAUGACAACAGCUGGUAAAAAAGAAGUAACAACCAUUAAAGAAAUGGGCACCACACCUGAAAAAGAAAUGGAAGGUGUCACUGAAAAGGCCCCUGGUACUGCCAAAGAAGAGGUAACUACAGUUACCAAAGAAACCACAACAAGGGAUAAAAAGGACACAAUAGAAGAAAUGUAUCUUGUGUUUAAUGGGACAUCCAAGCCAACAAUACAUUUCCAGGAGGUCACUGAGACGACAGAAGAGCCACACCCAACUGAACCUGAAACUCUGCCAGCAAAAGAAGAACCUGAGAUAAACAAGCCUUUAAUACAAGUUGGGGACCUGCCAAUGAUCCCUGGAGAAACACAAGAGAAGAACGACGAGAAGGACCUGUGCAGCGGCAAGCCAGCGGACGGCAUGGUGGCCCUGCCCAAUGGCACCCUGGCCGUCUUCCGAGGUCACUAUUACUGGCUGCUGAACGGCCGGACCCCUCCGACCACCAACCCCCGCCGGAUCACCGACGGCUGGGGCAUCCCCUCGCCCAUCGACUCCGUCUUCUCCAGGUGCAACUGCGAUGGGAAAACCUUCUUCAUCAAGGGUCCCCUGUACUGGCGCUUCACUAAUGGUGUUAUGGAUAAUGGCUAUCCCAAACCUCUCGCAACUGGAUUUGCAGGGUUAAGUGGGAGAAUAGUAGCAACCCUCCCUGUGGCAAGAUACAACAACAGACCAGAAUCUGUUUAUUUCAUCAAAAGAGAUGGGAACAUGCAGCAGUAUGUGUACAGACAAGAACCAGCCAAGAAGUGUCAAAGAAGAGCCCGGGUCACCAUCAGAUACCCAGCCUUUGUCCCCAGAGUUGUCAUCCGGCGGCGCUUCCAGCGUGCUGUGCGAAUGCCGACUGUCAUCCGCACCGUCAGGAUCAACUCCCACCCCUCUGGAGUUCUGCGCAAGGAAAUCCAAAUGACAACGUACUGGAGAGGGCUCCCCAAAGUUGUCCACUCGACUCUCUCCGUGCCCAACCAGAACAAGCCCGAUGGCUACGACUACUAUGCCUUCUCUUACAAUCGGUACUACAGUUUGGAUAUUGGCAAAAGAAUAGCACGACCUGUUACUGCUCUCACAGGAAAGACUGUAACCAAAGACUGGUACAACUGUCCCAGCAAGUGAGGCACAGCAGAGGAGUUUAAAUCAAGAUGCCAUUUGGAUGUCAAUGUUUUUUCUAAUUUUAUUAAUAAAAGACAUUGAAAUAUGUGCACACAACUCUAAGUAUUAAAAUGCUGCUUCAAGCUCUGGCUUCAUUACACUAAGCAACCACAGGCAAACUGGCAUUUUGUAUACACAGCUGGAAGUCCUUUACAUUUCAUUUAACUAAUGUUUCCUCUGUUCAGGCCUCCUCUGCCUCCCAUGGCAUGAGUUACACCUGUGCAGGGAAAGAAAACAAGUGCAUUAGUAUAAACCCUUCUCAUCAACCAUUGCACAGGUGAUACUUCAUCUUUCCAUAAGCAUUGUCAGGGCAGUGGAGUGGUUCCCUUCUGAUACAGUUCAAGUUCCCCCUCUGGCCCCUAAGCCUGGUGACACAUGCACAUGUCACCUGUGUCAUGCAAAAGGCUGGGGGUGACUUGUGAUCCUGAGCCAAACCAAUGAGCAGAGAAUUCUUAGCACAUCUGAAAUAAGUUAGUCCCUCUUUUUGGUAUUUAAAAAAUGGUGACAGAUGGAAGAAAAUCUAUCCUAAUCCCACCUCCUUAUUUUUCCCCUUAAUACCAGCUAAUCUAUAUUUCAAUGCUAAUAUUGAGUCUUCUACAAUGUUAAAAUAGUGCAAAACAGAACAAAAUCCAUCAAAGGCUUUUUUU